AUGUUGGACGCGGUAAGAGCACUUCCCCGUCGCUGGCUCUUCGUGUUCGUUGCAUUUGUCUCCCUGAUCUUCCUCUUGUUUCUACGUUCCCAUACUCCCUCUCUCGGUCCAUCAAUUUACAGUCCUCCUCCCAAGAACAAUGACGGUCGCUUCCAUUGGGCCGAUCGCCCUGCCCGUUAUCCUUUGAGCCAGCUCACUUCCCUACCCAAGGGCAAGUCGAAACAGUUGCCCCGAAUCCAGUACUUAUUUCCUAAGGAGUCCGCCGAACAAAAAACCGUUCGUCUGGCUCGUCGUGAGAAGAUCAAGGAUGCCUUCAAAAAAUGCUGGGCCUCUUAUCGGAGUCGCGCCUGGAUGCAUGAUGAGUUGUCUCCCAUCAGUGGCAGGGGACGGGAUACAUUUGGUGGUUGGGCUGCUAGCAUGGUCGAUGCAUUAGAUACAUUAUGGAUCAUGGACAUGAAGUACGAGUUUAACGAAGCAGUCGAGUCAGCCCGACAGAUCGACUUUUCGAAAUCCACAGACGAUAUAGUCAAUAUUUUCGAGACUACCAUUCGCUACUUGGGUGGGUUUCUCGCAGCCUAUGACCUGAGCGGAGAGCGCACUUUACUCGACAAGGCGAUCGAAGUGGGUGAGAUGCUGCUUGUUGCCUUCGACACUCCAAAUCAUUUCCCCAUCACUCGGUGGAGUUGGGAGAAGGCCACCAACUUCCAAAAUGCGCAAGAAACUCCAAACUGGAUGCUCGUCUCUGAGCUGGGCUCCUUGUCCCUUGAAUUUACGCGGCUUAGCCAAUUGACGGGCGAUCUGAGGUGGUACGAUGCCAUUAAAAGAAUUACCGACUUGUUUGACGAGCAGCAACAUAAAACUAAAUUACCCGGAAUGUGGCCCGUAGUCGUCAAUCCAAAGGACAAAGAUUUGACUUUCGACACCACCUUCACCCUCGGAGGCAUGUCCGACUCUCUUUAUGAGUACUUUCCAAAGGAGUUUACGUUGCUCGGCGGUUUAGACCCGGUAUAUCAAAAGCUCUACACUGAUUCUGCCGCUUCUAUCACUCAGCACAUGCUGUUCCGCCCAAUGACGCCUCAGAAUGCGGAUAUCCUUAUGGCGGGUGAUGUCAAAGUGGGCGAUGAUGGAUCCAUCUCACUGGAACCCAGGAAUCAGCAUUUGACGUGUUUCAGUGGUGGAAUGUUGGCUCUGGGUGGCCGCCUGUUUUCGAACGAGGAGCAUGUUCAAUUGGGACAAAAGAUCACCAAAGCCUGUGUCUGGGCUUACCAUAAUGGCCCUCGUGGUGUGAUGCCGGAGAUCGCACAUUUCGUACCUUGUCCCUCGCUUGACAAGUGUGACUGGAGCCAAGAGAAAUGGGAAGCCGCCGUGGUUGCAAGACAAGGAACAGAUCAAGGUGGUAAUAGAAAGGCUGACGAGAUCAUCUCGGACAGGAAACUUCCAAAAGGAUUCGCAGACAUCGAUGAUCGGCGAUACAUCUUGCGACCGGAAGCCAUCGAGAGCGUUUUUAUCUUGUAUCGCAUUACUGGAGAUCGCGCAUACCUUGAAGAUGCAUGGGAAAUGUUCAACGCCAUUCAAGCAAUUACAGAGACCCAGUAUGGCAACGCGGCCGUUUCCGAUAUCACCGGAAUCAGCUACGACGGCGAUGGACUUGAAAAAGGUCUACCACCAAAGCAAGAUAGGAUGGAGAGUUUUUGGUUGGCGGAAACUCUGAAAUAUUUCUACCUCCUCUACAGUGAACCAGAUUUGAUCAGCCUUGACGAAUAUGUCCUCAACACUGAGGCACAUCCCUUGAGAAGACCGGCCUGA